UGGGAUCCACGCCUACCAGCUAAAGCUCCGUGGAGCAGCACACCUGCGCAACUGGCCCGAUGGCUGCUGAAGCGGUGGUCCCGUGCAAGAAGGUGACUGUGUGGGGUAUGUAUCGAGGCUUUUCUACUGCAGCCAUCGCGCAGAGAGGGCGUUUUUAUGUCUGUUUUUUAUGCACGCCGAAGACAAGUAUGAUUGCGGACGAGUACUUCGUUCUUCGUACUUUGUGGACGGACUCGGUCUCUCCUCCGUGGGGGGGUGUGGAUCUUUCUUCGCCAAGCUCCAAAGUCUGCCGUGGGGGUUGUGGUUGAAUCUGAGCAGAAAGCCAGCCACACGAUUCAACGAAUUACAUUGCGGAAUACCAGCCAGUGGUGUGCUGAUGCUGAUGCUCCUCCAGCUGAGCCUGAUAAGGUGCUUGCCGACUUAUAGGUAUAUACCGAGCACCGCCCCCAUUUUGCGGCUGUGUUGGUGAUGGAAGCCCCCCAUCUAGCUUUGAAGGUUUCUUGAUAUAAAUGCGCUGAUACUUCUACAAGAGCUAAUGUCCUUCAGAUUCCGUAAUGCCUCCGUCGCAU